UAAAUAAAUAUAAUACAAACGUAUAAAAUAUAAAUAUAAAAUAAAAUCACAAUGACAUCAAAGAAACCCCAGACGACGAGUCCUCUCCAGCAUAUUGAGGCCGGUUUGAAUGUGCUGAAUCAGCUGUGCAUCGGCUUCGUCACGUUUUGGAUCAGCUGGAGCUGCCUAAGGACGGGUCUGAGUCAGAUUAGUCUGCACGUCUGGUUGGUCUCCUUUGGAUUCAUAUUCGUCAUGGCCGAGGCUUCGAUGUGCUUCUACGAUGGCAACUGGCUAACGCUGCGCUACACUCGCAAGCAGAAGACGGCCAUCCAUGUGGUGCUCCAGAUCGUCGGGGGCGGCAUGGGUGUGGCCGGGUGCCUUGUCCAGCUAAUACGGGAUGACUGGUCAAUUGGCGUAACGAUCCAUUCACGUUUGGGAUUCGCAGCGUUUGUUCUGUGCCUCAUCUCACUGCUGAGUGGCAUUGUCGCUGUGCUGGCAAGGAGUCUAUCGAAGCUGUUCUCCCCGCUGGCCAACAAAACGUUUCACGUCCUACUCAGCCUGGCCACGUAUGUGAUUGCCUCGCUGGCACAGUAUUACGGUUACACACAGACCAAGAUAUUCCGCGGUCAAGGAGCAGAUUUUGUUAUACUCAUGCAAGUUGCCACCCUGCUGGCCAUGGUCUUAACCAGCAUCGCACCGAUCAAGUCGCUAUAUCAAAAAUGUAUUAGUUUCUGCGGUUAAAGCAGUGCACAAAAAUCGUUCAGUUCCUAUUUAUAUUUAAGAUUCAUUUAAG